AUGAUCAUAAUGAUGACGAUGAUUCGGAAUCGGAUUAUUCACCAGUUCGUCUGUCAAAAGUUAUCAAGCAAAGUAUCAAUUCAACCACUGUUGAUGAUUUUAUUAUCAACUCAAUGGAGCAAAAACAAGAAUGAUGAAAAGAAUUAUCCAUUUUAUCGAUCAGUAAGUAGUGAAGACGUUAUCAAUGAUCAGCAAUCAAUGUUAGAAUCAUAUUCGAGCCAAGAUUUUGAGCAUAUUUUUAUGCCAAAACAGAUGAAUCCGAAGUGUUUUGAUGUACUUAAAGAUAUUGUUAUGCUAGAAAGGACAACUGUUUUCGAUCUAAAAAUUCUUACAGAGGAUUUUUAUGAAAUAUUACCGGAAAGAGCAUUAUCAUGCGGAAGAGCACUAGUGGAUUUGUUUCUUGAUUUGAAUUCUCUUCAGCGAUUUCACAAUGAUCAUCUUGAUACGUUGGAAGUUGUCAUCAAGAAUUGGGCAGAUUGCUUAAGAAAUGCUAAUCCGGAACGACCUUUAGUUGGAGAUCUUCUGUUAUGUUCGGUACAUAAUGCUUUGCAAUAUUAUCGAAAAUUUGUACAAAGUUCUCCGAUUUAUUUGGCAGCUAUUGAUGAAUUAACUCGUAUUAAUAGCACUUUUGCUGAUUCUCUCAUUAAACUUCAAAUGAGAAAUUCUUACAGUUGUAGCAUUAAUUUUUUGAUGCUGAAAGUAGUGCAUCGUAUGGUUGUAUGGCAAAAUUUGCUUGGAAGAAUGAUUGCUGCACUUCUGGAAGAGAGUGAUGAAGAUAAGAUAGCAUCACAGCUAAGUAGUUGUCGAGUUGCUGUGGAAAAGGUUGCAUCAUUUAACACUGAGAAAAAAUUAACGCUGGAAGGAUUGGUCCAUUUUACAAAAUUCGUUGAACUUGGAAAUGAUUUAAAUAUUGUUGAUGGAUUAACCGAUCCAAAUCGACGUUUCAUACGCCAAGGUUGGUUAUGUAAAUGGACGAAACGUGGUUUUAUACCUCAUGCUAUUAUACUUUUUAAUGAUGCAUUAUUAUUUGCUUACCGAUCACAAACGGAUGGUUUUAUACGUAAUGCUUUUCUACCGUUACGUGCAAUGACGGUAGAAGAAGGUGAUGCAUUGCAUGUUGUCACAGAUUCAACUAUUUGUCUUACCAUAAAAGCGGUUAAUCGUACAUUCUUGUUAUCUAGUGAUUGUACAAGAAUGAGAGAUCUUUGGCUUGAAGAACUAACGAAAGCUAUUCGAAAUGCUAAACAUUCCAAUAUUGAAGAAUUACCUCAAACUGAAACUUUUGGCACAAAAAUUAUUACAAAUAUGCCAUAUAGUACAUUGGAUGUAUGUUGGCAUCGUCAUGCUACUUUAGGAAUUAAUGCAAUUAUUACGGCUCCAGCUAAUCAAAUGUCUGGAUAUUUAUUACGUAAAUUCCGUAAUUCUGCAGGAUGGCAAAAAUUUUGGGUUGUGCAUGCAAAUUUUGCACUUACAUUCUUUCGAUCACAUCAGGAGAAAGAAGCUGUAGCGGUAUUACCAAUUAUCAAUUAUCACAUAUCGUUACCACAGCUUAAUGAUAAAAUUGAUUAUGAUAAUGUUUUCAAACUGUCGUAUAAUACACAUUGUUAUUUUUUUCGAGCAGAUAGUUUGUAUGCUUUUUCAAAAUGGUACGAAUGCAUUCGUGAAUCGACCAUUAACAGUAACCCACUGAAUUUUAUUGCAAGUUAUCUGUCCAAAUAG